AUGAGUGCGCAUCGCUACGAUUUCUAUCAAACUGAUACGCACGUCGUGGUAUCGCUAUUUGUGCGUAACCAGAAAGCCGAGGAUGUGCAUGUCACGAUCGCACCGCAGGAGCGCACAAGUGUUCUCACUGUGACGAUGCCUACGACGACAUGGCACGUCGAAUUGAGCCACGCCGUCGAGCCUACGCCAGCGCAAGUGCGUGUGGUCGCCCCGAAAAUUGAGCUGACCCUUGUCAAAGCUGAACGAGGCGUCACAUGGCCGCGGCUUCUGGCUGCCGAGGCUGCGUCUGCGCCUACCGCUGUGCCGUCCACCGCCGCGCCGCGCGCUCGCUCCAAAUGGGACGAGCUUGAUUUGUCCGAGGCGGACGAUCGUCCGCCUAGUGGAUCCGGCGACGCGGAGCUCCAUGCAUUCUUCCAGCAACUCUACGCGAACGCUGACGACGACACGCGACGAGCGAUGGUCAAGUCGUUCCAGGAAUCGGGCGGCACAGCUCUGAGCACCAACUGGGCAGACGUCGGCCAGAAGACCAUGGAGGUACGCGCGCCAGCGGGCAUGGAAGCACGUACCUAUGAACAGUGA